AUGAGCGGGAUUCUCUUCCCAUGCGUGCGGGCGCUCCGGCCGUCGACGUGCCUUCGCCUCGCCCCCCUACUGUCGACGCCUGCUCUGCACAGCAGACGGACCUUUGCAAACACGACGCCCAUCAUCGAGCCGGCGGAGAAGCAGGCGUCGCCGCACGCCAACAAUGCGGCCAACCCCACAGAUGGCCAAGUGCGGCCGUUGGCCUUCAAGAAGAGCCACCCGCAGGCGCCGCCAACGCCCGUGGCCGACUCGGUCCGCCAGCUCCUCCCCUUCCUCGUCGCCCAGCCGGGCCACUACAUCACGGUCCACAUCCACGGCUUCCCCUACCUCGUGCAGGAGGGUGACCAGAUCCGGUUGCCGUUCCGCAUGCCCGGCGUCCUCCCCGGCGACGUGCUUCGCCUCAACCGCGCCAGCGUCAUCGGCAGCCGCGACUACACGAUGAAGGGCGCCCCCCACGUCGACGAGCGCGUCUUUGAGUGUCGCGCCACCGUGUUGGGGACCGAGUCAGAGCCUCUGCGCAUCAAGAUCAAGAAGAAGCGGCGGCAGCGGAGGAAGAGGCAGGCCAAGAGCAAGCACCGCUACACCGUACUGCGCAUCUCGGAGCUGAGCCUGAAGAACCUGGAUGACGGCGGCCUCGAUGCUUGA